UUUCUCAUUUGUUGGGGCGUGUACGUGUAUGUGUGUGUGAGUGCGUGUGCGUGUGCGUGUGUGUGUGUGUGUGUGUGUGUACGGGGGCUGAGGGAAUACGUGGGGGCGAAACCGAACCGGCCAUGGCAGCUGCAGAAGAGGAGGACGGGGGCCCUGAAGGGCCAAACCGCGAGCGGGGCGGGGCAGGCGCGACCUUCGAAUGUAAUAUAUGUUUGGAGACCGCUCGGGAAGCUGUGGUCAGUGUGUGUGGCCACCUGUAUUGUUGGCCUUGUCUUCAUCAGUGGCUGGAGACACGACCCGACCGGCAAGAAUGCCCUGUCUGCAAAGCUGGCAUCAGCAGAGAUAAGGUUGUCCCUCUUUAUGGGCGAGGGAGCCAGAAGCCCCAGGAUCCCAGAUUGAAAACUCCACCCCGUCCUCAGGGCCAGCGACCAGCUCCUGAGAGCAGAGGGGGAUUUCAACCAUUUGGUGAUACCGGGGGCUUUCACUUCUCAUUUGGUGUUGGUGCUUUUCCCUUUGGCUUUUUUACCACCGUCUUCAAUACCCAUGAGCCUUUCCGCAGGGGCGCAGGUGUGGAUUUGGGACAGGGUCACCCAGUCUCCAGUUGGCAGGAUUCCCUCUUCCUGUUUCUUGCCAUCUUCUUCUUUUUCUGGCUGCUCAGUAUUUGAGCUGUGUCUCCAUCCUGCCCACCUCCAGCCAGAAGAGAAUCAGUAUUGGGGGUCCCUACUGACCCCUCCUUAUUUCUGAACACCCUUUCUUCUUGUGACGCCCUCCAUUUCUGCUGGCUAAGGUCAACCCUGGCCACUCUCUAGGAGGUCAUGGAGAGGAGUCACUUCUGUGCAUAGGAAGGGAAAGCCAGCUGCUCUGAGCUGCUCUGAAUUCUUGCUGGAAUUCUCUGAAUUCUUGCAAUGAAACUCCAGUCCUGGGGGAGGAGGACAGACUGAAGACAACAUCCAUUUCUCCUCUCUCCUAAUCUUUUGUUUUCCUCCAGAUUUAUGAAUUGAUGUUGAAAGGUGGGCAAGGCUCCCUCUGACUCUCUUCCAUUCCUCCUCUUGUUGAUUUAAUUUAAUUUUCCUCUUCCCAGUGCUUAAUAUGAGUUCCAACUCUUAAUUGCUCCCCUCCCCUCACUACCUCCUUUAUGAUAAAUUCAAUAAAAAAGAUGAAAUGUA